CCCAACAAAGGAGGGUAUUGAUUCAUAGAAUCUUUGGGUACAUCACGCAGCCCAGAACUUGGGCAUCUUCAUCCAUUUCAUUAUAACUCUUUCAUAGUCAAGGAUAGCUCAUGUUUUCCAGAAAGAGUCAACACCUUUACUGACACUUGAAAUGGGGAUUGAGUGAUUAGGAGCUUUUUUAGGGGACCUUGUCAUGAAUGAAACCUUCAGCAAGUGGUCUAAUGCUUCCAGUCUGACACUUCCACUUGGAGAGGCAUCCAGGAUGGGCCUUUUAUUAAAUAUUGCCUUAGAGUAAAUGGUCUUUUUUUUAACUGAUCCUAUUUUAGAUUUUGCCUUUUAUCUCCCACAAACCUCAGAAUUAAGAGAAAACGAAAUGUUGCGGGGUUCGUAUUUACCAACACGGGCCUAGGAUGUAUUUGCAUUUCUUUGCACGACUUCAGAUGAUUUGCUUUGUCCCCAUGGGAUCUAAGUUUAUCUUUCCAGUCCUGCCUUCCAACAUAAUGUAGCAAAAAUUGGAAUGUAGGAAUAAAAAAAGGUUUGGAUAUGAAUCCUCUUUGUUAAAUAGCACUGAGAAAUAUAGGUGUAAAAGGAAGUUUCUUUAGUUUAACAUUGCCAUGAAUGUCAGCACAUGCAGUGGCCAGAUCUACAAACUGAGUUCUCCGUAACAGGAGCACUGAGGGCUAGAAGGUUUAAAAUAGAUGUCAUAUGAUGCCAAUUACGACUCAGUGAAAUUUUGCAGUCCCAAGAACCUAUACAGAGUGGAAGCCAAAAUGGAAGAUGGUCCUGUUUCCUAUGGCUUUAAAAACAUUUUUAUUACGAUGUUUGCUACUUUUUUUUUCUUCAAGCUUCUAAUUAAAGUUUUUUUGGCUCUCCUAACUCAUUUCUAUAUCGUCAAAGGAAAUAGAAAAGAAGCAGCUAGAAUAGCAGAAGAGAUCUAUGGUGGAAUUGCAGGAUUCUGUUUCAAGAUAGAUUUAUGCUGUGUGAUUCCAAUAUACUAGACAACUUUGAAGACAGAUAACAGCAGCCUUAUCCAAAGACAAGGCAUUAACAUGCUUCAAUUAACUGGGGAAAAUAAGAAGAAUCUUGAAGUUUCAGGAACUGUCAGAAGGCCUGGAGUGUGGAAAGAGGUUUCUUUUGGGGAUUACAUUUGUCACACAUUUCAGGGAGAUUGCUGGGCUGAUCGAUCCCCACUUCACGAAGCUGCGGCCCAGGGACGCUUACUGACCCUUAAAACUUUAAUUGCACAGGGUGUCAAUGUGAACCUCGUGACAAUUAACCGGGUCUCUGCUCUCCACGAGGCAUGCCUUGGAGGUCACGUGGCCUGCGCUAAAGCCUUAUUGGAAAAGGGAGCACACGUCAACGGAGUGACGGUCCACGGCGCCACGCCUCUCUUCAAUGCCUGUUGCAGUGGCAGCGCUCCUUGUGUCAACGUGCUCUUGGAGUUUGGAGCCAAGUCCCAGCUUGAGGUGCACCUGGCUUCACCCAUCCAUGAGGCAGUGAAAAGAGGUCAUAGAGAGUGCAUGGAGAUACUGUUGGCAAAUAACGCUAACAUUGACCAAGAAGUACCUCAGCUUGGAACACCCCUCUAUGUGGCCUGCAUCUACCAGAGGGUAGACUGUGUGAAGAAACUUCUAGAAUUAGGAGCCAGUGUUGAGCACGGCCAGUGGCUGGACACCCCGCUCCAUGCCGCUGCGAGGCAGUCCAGUGCAGAAGUCAUCCACCUGCUAUCAGACUAUGGGGCGAACCUGAAGAGCAGGAACGCUCAGGGCAAGAGUGCCCUUGACCUGGCGGCUCCGAAGAGCAACGUGGAGCAGGCGCUCCUGCUCCGGGAAGGACCCCCUGCUCUGUCCCAGCUCUGCCGCCUGUGUGUUCGGAAAUGCUUGGGCCGAGCAUGUCAUCAAACCAUCCACAAACUACAUCUGCCGGAGCCACUGGAAAGAUUCCUCCUAUAUCGGUAGUGCCAGCUGUCCAUGGGAAGACACUUGGAAGUAACCAGGUUGUUGCCUGCUCUACCCAGGGUACCUAGUGUAGACGCCUAGCAGCUAGACUCUCCACAUCUUCCAAUGAGCUAAGCCAGUUAGAGUGAAUCCUGAUGAGCUGGAACACUUCCGAGCAGAAGUUCCUGGUUAGUUUAAUGUUCUCAUUAACCAAGGGGCACCCAGAAACCUUUCCGAUUUUACUCUUGUUUAGAGACUUAAACUAUGAAGUAGAGUGAAAUCAUAAGCUAUUUUUGAAGAUUCAUGAUCUUUAAUUAUCUAAUGGUCAACAUUCUGAAAAUGGUACAGACACAUGUAAAUCUCGGUGAAUGUGAUUACGAUGAAUAUGUAAGUAGUCCAAGAUGUGCUCCUGAUUGAGUUCCCUCCUUUUCCCCCUUUCUUUCUUUCCUUCUGUGAAUAAAUCUGUGCUAUAA